AGGGAUGCAAACUUUGAUCCCGAAUCAUCAUAGUAAGUCGAAAAAAGUGCAUUUGACAUUCUCUAACAAAGCAGCAGGUAUCCUACAAUGACACGUUUCUUCAUGAUGCGUUUCUUCGCCCACCUCUGCCUUUAUUUGCAGACGAUCGACAUUCCAGUCCCGCCGCUCGCGACCCAAGUCAUUCUUGAGGCUUACCUACAAGUGUUGGAGGCUGCAGGCCAACGAGAGUUGAUUGCAAUGUAUGCUGUCCCGCUAGGAGACAACGCAGUCGAGCGAUAUGCGAUGUUCUUGACUUUGCUCGAACUUACAGCGGACGUCAACGAUCGUCGAUUAGCAUUGACUCGUGCGCGAGAGCAUGGUCUAGACGUUCACAAGGAGGCGGUCGUCGCUGCCAAACAAACAAUUGAUAGAGCAUUUGAGCUUCUACCACCAGUCUUAUGUUAUUCCGUUGCAGGCCACUCCAUCAGAUAUCGAGCUCCUGCUACUUCGUUCCAUAGAGUGGACAACGUUCGAGGAUGGAACGCAUGAUACUGCGCUGGAACAGGUGACGGUCAUUUUGCGGUACUUCCUAGGUAAGC